AUGAUUCACGUUGCAUUUGAGCAGUGCCAGUCUGGUGUCGCAGAAAAGCCUGACUGGUUCUUCAGUGCCGACAUCGAGACUCUUGCCCACUCCUCCGCAUCCUACACGACGUACGAGACCGACUCCGCGACCUUCACAAAGACAUACGAGGCCAGCGCGAUAUAUUCUUUGUCUCCAUCUAGAUCAGCUAUGCCCAGUCCUACAACUUCUAUCACCAAUGCCAAUGCACCACCUCAGGGCGAUGGCGACCCUUCCGACCCCCGUCAAGUCGCGAAGAGAUCAGACGACGCAGUCGCCGACUCCAUUUCCACUUCUGUUUCGACGACUGCCGCAGAAUCUUCGACGGAUUCAAACAAAACUUCAACGGCCACCCCGAAAUUGUACGCGUUCUCGUCAAAGUAUAACACCAGUUUAACGACUUUCAAAGACUACGUCGAAAAGCUGGACAAGACCGCAGGUAACAUGAUCUCGUCGCCUCACGUGCCAUGGCAGGGCUAUCAGACGAACCUGACCGAGGCUCAAGUUGCGGCCGUAAAGGCGCAGCCCUGGCUAAGUUGA